AUGAACUUGUAUGAUGAGCAUAGGUUCUUAUCAUACAUGUGGACUCUGAUCCAGGCAACAUGACGUCCGGUGUAUAAACGCUGGUUCUAUUUGAUCCGCCCACUUCUGCAUCCCUCGCUUCUACCACCAUGGAACAUAAGGAAAAGUUGGAUACUAUUUCCAGCAGCAGCGACGUGCAGCCAGUCGACCAUCCUGCCUUCUACGAUCCUUCGAAGGAGAGUAUAUGGACACGUCUUGGUCUCAGUUUCGAGAGUUUCAAGCGUGCACCAGGUGUUACCGGACAACAAGCGGUAGCUGGAGAUCAUGUCGACGUCGAGCACCUAAAGGCAGAUGCCCCUAUGCUUCAGCCCAAGAUGAAGAGGCGUCAUUUGAACAUGAUCGCUGUAGGUGGAAGUAUCGGUACAGGUCUCUUCGUCGGUUCUGGUUCCGCUCUUCACACUGGUGGUCCUGCUGGUGUCUUGAUCGCAUGGAUUCUCAUCGGUAUAAUGUUGAUCAAUGUCACUCAGGCUCUUGGCGAAAUGUCCAUCUUGUACCCCGUGUCUGGUGGUUUCUAUACGCUUGCGGACCGGUUUCUCGACCCCGCAUUCGCUUUCGCGAUGGGUUGGAACUACGUUUUCCAAUGGUUCGCCACUCUGCCUCUGGAAAUUACUGUCGCUGGUACAACGGUGCAGUACUGGACAGAUGCCGUCCCUAUUGCCGCCUGGAUCACCAUUUUCUGGGUAGUCAUCAUGAUCGCUAGCAUAUUUGGUACUCUCGGUUUCGCAGAAGAAGAAUUCUGGUCUUCAUGUUUGAAGUUACUGGUAGUUGUUAUGUUCAUCUUCAUUGGCAUUAUCUGCCUUGCCGGCGGGGGACCAAAGAGUGGAGAGUUUGGUGAAUACGUCGGUGGUAAAAACUGGCAUGAUCCGGGCGCGUUUGCCAAUGGCUUUAAAGGCGUUUGCGCAGUAUUUGUUACUGCUGCCUUUUCGUUCGCUGGUACUGAAUUGGUCGGUCUCGCUGCUUCAGAAACUCCCAACCCUCGUGAAACUAUGCCCGGUGCCGUUAAGGGAACUUUCUGGCGUAUUACUAUUAUCUACAUCACCUCCCUGACGAUCAUCGGUUUGAUGCUUCCUUACACUGAGGACCGUCUUAUUGGAGGUAGCGGCGCCUCUGCAUCACCUUUCGUUAUUGCCCUGGACUUGGCUAACAUCAACGGAUUGAAUCACCUUGUCAACGCCACCAUCUGUGUUUCCGUCCUUUCUAUUGGUCUCUCCUGUGUGUACGGUGGCUCUCGAACCUUGACCGCUUUGGCAGAGCAAGGCUAUGCUCCUAACAUCUUCAAAUAUAUUGACAAGUCCAGUCGGCCCCUUGCAUCCGUCAUCUGCCUGCUCCUCUUUGCCCCCAUCGCAUACGUCAAUGUAGUUGCUGCCGGCGACACCGUCUUCACUUGGCUUUUGGCUAUAUCGGGUCUUUCGACUCUCUUUACAUGGUUAUCAAUCUGUCUGUGCCACAUCCGCUUCCGCGCUGCGUGGAAAGUCCAGGGACAUUCCCUUGAGGAGCUUCCCUACCAGGCCAUGGGUGGUGUUUAUGGAUCAUGGUUCGGAGUCGUCCUUAUCGUCCUUAUUCUUAUUGCCCAAUUCUACGUCGCUAUUUUCCCAGUUGGCGAAUCAGUUAGUGGGACCGCUGCAGCAGAAGCCUUCUUUGAGGCAUAUCUCGCCGCACCUGUGAUGAUUCUCUUUUACGUUAUCGGCUUUGUAUGGAAACGGAAACUGCCCAAGCGAGCCUCGGAGAUCGAUCUCGACUCUGGACGAAAAUCUUGGCUCACAGUGGAAGAGAUGAGGGAAUACCGCGCAGAGCGUGCAAAAGCUCCUCUACACGUCAAAAUCUACCGCACAUUGUUCUCGAAUUGAUGCAUUGGUAUUUUUAUACGCAUAACGAAUAAUUUUGAUCAAUGAUAUACUAAGGCUACUGAUAAUACAGCGCUCUAAAAACGCAAUGAUAUAAAGCGAUGAGAAUUG